UAUAUCUAAAAAGAUGACUACAAAAUUGUUUGUUAAUAAGCAAUUAGCUUCAUUCGGGGCAAUGAUUGUCGCUGAAUUUGUUUCAUGCAAAAGUAGCAAUAACAAAAUCAAAGUCGAGUACCCGGAACCAUGGAAAGCGACUUCUAACGUUCAAUUGUUGGUCAACGGUCAUGUUGUCUCUGAUGAUGACGGCAAUAUAGGACGUUAUUUAGCUAGGACUUUGGACGACAGUUUAUACGGAGGAACUGGAAUUAUAGAGAACAGUCAAGUAGACAAUUGGUUGUCUUAUAUUUGUGAUCCUUUAAAGAACUCUAAUAAUCUUACUACUUUAAAGGAGCUUCUGAACACCAGUCUGUCCAAGAACUGGUUGAUGACUGAGCAAAUGACUUUGGCAGAUACUUACGUGUUUGCAAGCUUAAUUAAUCUUAAUUACAUACCAGAACCUUAGUAUCCUGAGUUGGUUCGUUGGUUUGAAAAGAUCAGCACUUUGAAAUAUGCGUCUAAAGUCUUGAAUUCUUUAAAAAAGGCUUUAGUUACAUAAGCUGUGGCUGGCUGACAGGAAACAAGACCAAAAUCUUGUUGAAUUACCAGGAGAUGAGAUGGGAAACUUUGUUGUAUUUUUCUCAUUUGAAGCUAGCGAAUAUUUACAUAUUGGACAUGCUCAGUGAACCGUGAUCCUGUGUCAAGUUUGCGUAAAUGAAAGCUUCACACCCCAUUUUGUAUAUGCUGAAUAAAAAUAAUUAACAUCGAUUCAAUUAAAUUACAAGAAAAAACUUAUAAAGCUUAAUUCAGAGACUAUAUGGGACGUUCCAUGCCAUUUCACCGAGUUUUUUACGCAAUUAUUUUUCAUUUUAUAAUGGCUUUGGCCCUUUGUAAUAUCGACAUUUGUACUGAAUUUGGUUGAAUAUCAACUCCAGUUCAGUUGUUUUUUUUUCAGGCUUAUCAUCCAAAUAGCCGGUUGAAUACUUACAAAAUUUGUAGCCUGUUCUAGCUUCAUAGGAUUUUAUAGCUGCAUCGAUUUCUUCUCCAGAAUGAAAACGUUUAUGUAGGUAUAAGUCCUGU